GACAAAUUAAUGAUUCAAGCAGCGGAACAAGCAGAAUUAGUAAAAAUACAAGAAGAAGAGUUAAAUAGUAAAAGGGCACAACUAGAAAGCCUUCGCAGGGAAGAGCAGAGAUUAGAAGAGCAAAAAAUAGAAAGUAUGAACAAACUUGAUGGUUUAACGUCAAAUUUGCAAGAUACGCAAUUCUGCAUCAGUCAAGCUAAAGCUUUAAUUACUCAAUUACAAGAGCAAACAAGGCAAAUGAACGAUGGAAUUUCAUCAUGCGGUAUUGCUAUAGAACUAGGAGAUGCCACACAAGUUCCUGAUGCAGCACUUAGGAUUGAACCGGAAUUCAGGGAUCCGGAUUAUAAUAAAGUAUUAAUGACAAAUGGCAACAUCAGCAAAGAGACUAUAUUUGAUGUUGACCCUUUCAGUAAUACAAAUGAAAUACCAAAUCGAACUGACGAUACUUUUGACAAUGAUCCCUUUAAAAAUGACCCAUUUAAAAAUAAGGAUGCAAUUUCUAAUGUUCCAUUUAAAACCUUCACAAUAUCUAAUUUUGGAUGGAAAAGAAAAAUAUCCAAUAUGUGUUAAUAUAAAAGGUCAAGAUAUGCAAAUUCAGG